GAGCCAGAACUUUAGUUUGUUGAGGAGCGCCAUGGAGUGCAGAGCGGUUCCCAUUCUUCCCACCUAUUCACAAGCCUGUGGUACUUCCCUGCCCCGAAAGCCGUCCCUUUGCCGAACACUCUUCGACUACGGACCGCUGAAUGACCCAGUGACAAUACUCAUAACUCUGGCCGUCGUUGUGGGAUCCUUUUGUCUUCUAAGUGGUUUUAUUCUGCUCUGUGUGGUUUCGAAAGCCUGGCAGGAUGAGACCUCCGAGGCCAUAUUGCUGAUGGCAAUUGGCUUCUUCAUAACCGCGCUAUCCUUCGUAUCUUGGAAACUAACGAGGGCACAAAGGAUCACUCAACUGGUGAAUGCCCUCAGCGUGGAAACCCAGACAGUCUGACCUAAGAGUAUUGUUUAUAAGGCUCUAGUGGGUCUAUAGUGAAACAUAUAAUAACUCAGGUGCUGCUAUUUAUUCCUAAAUACCCGAGCGAUAACCUUAAAUGUACAAAAAUAAAAACUAGCAUAUUAAAAUAAAUUGCAAGUAACUGAUGAA